AUGGGAAAGUCAGGGUGUCUAACUCUUCCUGUCUCUGUCCCCUCAGCCUCGAAGCAAUUUGCUGAGGAGGUGCUGCAGUGCCAUAAUGAGUACAGGAAGAAGCACCAGGCUCCUCCACUGAAGCUGAGCAGCAAGCUGAGCAGAGAGGCUGCCCGUUACGCUGAGAGUUUGGCCAGCACACGAAUCCUGAAGCACAGCGUGGAGUCCAGCAGAGGGAGCUGUGGAGAAAACCUGGCAUGGGCCUCAUACGAUCAGACAGGGAAGGAUGUAGCAGACCGCUGGUAUGAUGAAGUGAAACAAUACAACUUCAAUCAUCCUGGAUUCUCUUCAGGCACCGGCCAUUUCACAGCAAUGGUGUGGAAGAGCAGCACAAAACUGGGUGUGGGUAAGGCCACUGCAUCAGAUGGUUCAUCCUUUGUGGUGGCUAGAUAUACCCCUGCAGGGAAUAUCACCAACCAGGGACACUUUGAAAACAAUGUCCUCCCACCUAAGACCAGCUCCUGA